UGAUAUUUCAUUGAUACAAAUUUUAUUGGAGAUUUACACAUUUGGAGCAAAAGGAAUCACAAGCCAAAAUCAAAUCUACAUUUCAUUCCGAAAACCUGUCCCCUCUGUUCGUCCCUCUAUCCUUUGCACAGUUGACUAUUUCAAAAUGUCUAAAGAACUGAAUGGCGCUGCUCAUGCUAAAAGAGCUUUUGGGCACUAGAGUCCUCUAUCUAUCUCUAUGAGAAAGCCCUCAGUGGUGUGUCAAAGCAGCCAUUAGUGCACAUACAUAAAGAUGAGUUAAAGAUGUUCUACCUUCAUGGUGGAAACCUAAAUAUCACUUGAGCCAUGUUCGAAUACUCAUACUAACCGCAUUAACCAUACUAUUUGUGAUGUGAAUUGAGUAUAUAGUAUGCUUAUUGGUCAUAGUAUGGAUAUAGUUAGUAUGCCAAAAGUUCCCAGAUGUCAUACUAAAUUCACCAAAAUAUGAAGUAUACACGCGGAGGACACUAUUUCUGUACUUUAGGGCCCCUAAUGCAAUUCUUCAGGAAAUGGGCAAGGCUUAACAUCGUUUUCCGAUAUGAAGACAAUGGCGGAAAAUAUGCAGCCGAAGUACGACAGCGGAUACAAAUUCAUUGUUUUAACUAUUUAAGACAAAUGUUAAGCAACAUAAUAAAGUAAUGAUUUUUCAAAUAAGUUACUUUACACGUUAUGUUGGCUGACAAUUUGUUAGCUAUGCUAUCCUUACGAACCAUAUUCUAAAUCAUUACAACAGUAUGUAUGUUAGCUACCUACCUAAUGUUAGUUGGCUACUAACUUAUACAUCAAAUUUGCCAGUAUGUUAACUGUAGGCUAACUAACUAGCUACCCAAUGUUUAUUGACUUGAUUAUUCCCGUCAUUCUUAGCUUAGCUAUAUGGUAAAAUCAUUGUGCGUUCUCAAUGGACAUUCGGGUGCUUUCGUGAUUUCGCUCUGGCUAUCUACUCCGACUUCAAAGGAUCCUGUCUGAGUGGUGUCUAGUGUGCUUAUGUCUGCAUAACGAGGAAGUAGGAAAUAAACAUGAUUAAAAUGGUGUCCAAAUAAAUAAAAAAAUCGAAAUUACACAUUACGAGAUAUUUGACAAAAUAAAAAGACACACAUAUCUCUAUAUAUAUACAUAUACAGGAAACAAUGGGAUGACCUCAGAGUUCCAUGUGUAAUAUUUUGUUGUUGUUUAUAUUUGAAUUGCAAACAGCGUGUCUUAUUACCAACAAUAUCAAAACACACAUUGUGACGUAGAACGUUUGGAAGGCGAGUUGGUGCUCAAUAGAACUAAUAGGAGCUGGCAGGGUGAAAAAUGUCCUAAAAUUAGGCCUGUUUUUUUCGUGAUUACUUCAAAACUAUGGCAAGCAGCUGGGGCAUAUGGUAAUAUUACGAAACUGGGCUCCAUGACGGAUGUGAUGAACUCGUUUUUAUCAGAAAAAAGCAUUGUUAAAAAUGUCAUGUGUCCAGCCUAUUAGUCACCAACGCUCUGGAUAAAAUGAACACUGCCGAACCAGGUCUGUUAGGGCGAGUAAAAUGGUCAGUGGGCUCAUUUGAGUCUGGAAGUAGCUAGCAAGCUAGCCAACGUUAGCUUGGGUGCCAUUGUAAGGUCAGAACACUCAAAUGAAAUGAAAUCAAAGUUUGUCACAUGCGCCGAAUACAACAGGUGUAGACCUUACAGUGAAAUGCUUACUUAUAGGCUCUAACCAAUAGUGCAAAAAAGGUAUUAGGUGAACAACAGGUAAGUAAAGAAAUAAAAACAACAGUAAAAAACAGUAGCGAGGCUAUAAAAGUAGCGAGGCUAUAUACAGACACCGGUUAGUCAGGCUGAUUGAGGUAGUAUAUACACAUGUAGAUAUGGUUAAAGUGACUAUGCAUAUAUGAUGAACAGAGAGCAGCAGUAGCGUAAAAGAGGGGUUGGUGGCUGGAGGGACACAAUGCAGAUAGCCCGGUUAGCCAAUGUGAGGGAGCCCUGGUUGGUCGGCCCAAUUGAGGUAGUAUGUACAUGAAUGUAGUUAAAGUGACUAUGCAUAUAUGAUAAACAGAGAGUAGCAGCAGCGUAAAAGAGUGGUUGGGAGGGGCACACAAUGCAGAUAGUCCGGGUAGCCAUUUGAUGACCUGUUCAGGAGUUUUGUGGCUUGGGGGUAAAAACUGUUGAGAAGCCUUUUUGUCCUAGACUUGGUACUCCUCUGAAUUUACGAACGGACAAUCUGACAAAGCUCUGAAUUUACGAGCGAACUCUGGCACUCCAGAUGGAAUUUAAGAACGCACGCAAAUUCGUAAAAUUUCUAACUAGUAAUUUGUUAAGGUUGCAUAGCAACAGCAUCAACUUCUGGUAGACAUGCGAAGAACUUGUACACUCAACAGGAAACAAUGGGAAGACCUCAGAGUUCCAUGAUAGCCUGAGCAGAAACGAAACUUCUUCUUCUUAGCCAAAAGGACGAGAAGGAUACUGUUCGUUUACAGUAUGCUAAAAUGAACUAAUAGUAUAUACUCAUUAAGUAUGUAGUACACAGUAUGUUAGUAUGGGUUUUCGAACACAGCUUUGGGACUUGCCCCAGUUUACUCUAUUUACAAAACGCCGACAAGCUGCAUUGUCCUGGGCUGCAAACCACCAGUUUCCACUCUUUUCCAAAAGACUACAUCGCAUUCCGAUCAUUGGUGGGAUUCGCCUCCUUACACGAGAAUGGCGUGUUGAACGGCACUCAGAUACGCGAGGCUCAUUUCAGCAAAGAAUGUUUUCGACUCCAUAAACCGAGAAAGUGAUUGUUGUGGGUUGACGCGGUUCCCACGAUUCGUCCCAGCGAUAGCCCGAGCAGAACCGAUACUUCUUCACCUUAUGUUAGCCAAAAUGACGAGAAGAAGCAACACAGACUGAACCAAGAAGUUCAGGAUAGACCACGCGUGGAUUAUUCUGUUAUCCAGAACAGCAGGGAGCCGAAACGUGAGCUCCAGUCAAUGGAUGCCGUGGUGGAGGUGAAGGAGUCAGAGACAGCCAUGACGGGUUUUAAGGAGUCAACGGAAGCCACAAUGGACGUUAAGGAGUCAAUUUCAGCCGCCAUGGACGUGAAGGAGUCCAUGCCAGUCAUGAUUGAAGUUAAUGAGUCAGAGUCUAAAGAAGCCAUUGUGGACAUUAAGGAGUCACAGGGAGCUGUUAUGGAACUCAAGAGGCAGUCUUCCUCCUCUGGCGGCCAGGGGCGGGACAGAGACCGGGAGUCGGACAGCUAUCUCCAGCACCUCCAGUGUCCCCACUGUCUGCUCCAGUGUAAGAGCCACUGCAGCUACCUCAUCCACAUCGCUAAGAUCCAUCCAAGCCGCCUGGAUGACACGCCUGUGGGUCGCCUGGGCAACGCCAUCUUCUACCAGCGCACGGCACGGCUGUUCCACUGCAGCUUGUGUUUCCACACGGCCAGGGAGUUCCCUCGCCUCUAUGACCACCUGCUCACCUGCCACUGCCUCUCUGGGAAGGGCCAGGGUGUUGAGGGAGAAGGGGAUGAGCGUAGGGGUGAGGCGGGAGAAGAACAGGAAGGUAUCAGUGUAGACGUGCUGUCAAAAGACAGUAGUCAUCCUCCCAGUGAGCCCAAGGCAGAAGAGGAAGAUGAGGACAAAGGAGGAGUGAAGCAAGAGGAGGAAGGUAGGAAAAGAGGACUAGAGGAGAUGGAGGGAGGCGAGGACAAUGAAGAGGACUCCCGCUCAGCCAGCAGCCCCAUGAAACGAAAAAGAAGCUCUACUGCAGGCAGUGAGGAAGAUGAUCAUGAUGAAGAGGAAGAGGAGCUACAGACCAACAACAACAAAAAAAGUGACAAACACAAAAAGCAGGAAGAGGCCUUCCUGACCAAAUAUAUCCAGCGCCAGGGGGGUCGCUACAACUGUCGCCUGUGCGGCAAGCGCUCCAAGAUGAAGGGCCAUGCCAUCCACCACGUGAGCUAUAAGCACGACGUGCCCAAACCUUACUGCUGUAAAGAGUGUAGCAAGGCCUUCAUACUAGAGUAUUCGCUACUCAACCAUAUCUACCACAACCACAGACAGGGCAUGUACCGCUGCCUCUUCUGCCCCUUCAGCUCUGACGUGGUGUGGGGAAUAAAACGCCAUGGCAACCGCUGCAAUGCCCGAAGCGGGGAGGGGGAGGAGGGGGAGGGCAGCAAUGGAGAAGAGUGAUUGGUUAAUGGUUGCUAACACAUACUGUACCUUCGUAAUCAGGAGAAGGGACUCCAGGCCUACAUUAUCUAAGUUCUAGAAUCUCUUUGCAUUGUGCAUCUACUAGGCUAGUAACCCUAGGUACAGUAGAUUCCACUGUCACAGAGGUGUAGAUUCUCAGUGAAGUAUGUAUUUACUUCCUCUGUACACACAGUAAUGAAGAAUGAGGUACUUUGUCAUUCUGUAGACUUUUCCUGAUAUACUGGAGCUGAUGGACUCAAAUGUAGAAUAUGUACUUUGUGAACUCGAAAAACAGCAUUAAUAUGUACAUGACAGCUGUUGAUGACUCAUAAUGCUACACAAUGAAACUAUCAAAGUGACAAAAACAUGUUUUUUGUGUGUUUUUUACCUGCCUUUGUAUUGUCUUUAUUACAUGGGAUGUGUUUGUCUCUUUGAAAACAAUACAAUAAAAAUAAUACAUCAA